GGUUGUUCCCUUCACUCUAUUGUCUGGGAAGGAAGAAGUGCAGCUGCUUUCUCUUCUGGUGCACUAUUGAAAGAAAAGCUUCAAGUUCAACGGGAAAAUUUCACAGCCUCUUGGAGGGUCUUUGGUCUCCUUUUGCUGAUCUUGAUAAGCAAGUCCAAGUCCAGCUGAACAUCUACAAAUUGGUCCAAUGCCAGUGUAUCCUGGAAGGCCUCUGUAAUAUCUGGUAUGCCAAGAACACAAGUCUCCACAGAUACCCUGCCAGUUCAGAUCAUGGCUCCUUGGCCUGAGUUGGAAAACUCUCAACCCAAUAACUAUACUGAAGACUCCUCCAAGCAAGACAAGGCCAUGUCUGAAAAAGAUGGAGAAAAUCACAAAGACAAUGUUCAAAGUAAAGGUGGACUUCAGCCUGCACAUUCCAACAUUUCCUUGAUAGAUGAGCCAGAGCAAGAAGACCCUUGGAGUAUGCCAGUGCUUCAGGACACUGGGGUCAAGUGGGCAGACCUGGAUAACAAAGGAAAAAUCAUCUGUGUACUCACAGGGAUAGCGAAGUUUAUUGUCUUGCUUGGACUACUCUACUUCUUUGUGUGCUCCUUGGAUAUACUGAGCUCUGCCUUCCAGUUGGUAGGAGGUAAAGCAGCAGGGGACAUUUUUCGAGAUGGUUCUGUGCUGUCAAAUCCUGUUGCUGGUCUGGUGAUUGGAGUUCUGGUGACAGUCAUGGUGCAGAGCUCUAGCACUUCCUCAUCCAUUAUAGUCAGCAUGGUGUCUUCUACAUUGUUGAGUGUAAAAUCUGCUAUUCCUAUCAUAAUGGGGGCAAAUAUUGGUACCUCCGUCACAAACACAAUUGUGGCGCUCAUGCAAGCUGGAGACAGGAAUGAAUUUAGAAGGGCCUUUGCUGGAGCUACAGUCCAUGAUUUCUUUAACUGGCUCUCAGUGUUUGUGUUGUUGCCCCUUGAAGUAGUGUCUGGUUAUCUUUAUCGUCUUACUAAUGUUAUAGUUGAAUCCUUUAAUCUCGAGAGUGGCGAAGAUGCCCCUGAGCUGCUAAAAGUCAUCACAGAUCCUUUUACAAAGCUUAUCAUCCAGCUUGAUAAAUCCGUAAUAAAUGCAAUUGCUACAAAUGAGGAAGGAGCAAAAAACAAAUCCCUGGUAAAGACUUGGUGCAAAACUAAAACAAAUGUGACUAUGCAGAAUGUCACCAUUCCGGCCUCAGAAAACUGUACAUCCCCUGACCUUUGCUGGACUGACAGAAACUUGACAUGGACCAUUAAAAAUGUGUCUGACACAGAAAAUAUUGAAAAAUGCCAGCAUCUCUUUGCAGGAACAAAUCUUGCUGAUCUUGCUGUCGGUCUCAUCCUGCUUGCAGGGUCUUUGAUAAUUUUGUGCAUCUGUUUGGUGCUGAUAGUUAAGUUACUGAAUUCUGUGCUAAAAGGACAAGUGGCCUCAGUUAUCAAGAAGACGCUCAAUACCGAUUUCCCAUAUCCUUUUUCUUGGGUAACCGGAUACCUGGCAAUGCUUGUUGGAGCUGGUAUGACGUUCAUUGUUCAAAGCAGUUCUGUUUUCACAUCUGCUAUUACGCCACUUGUUGGUAUUGGUGUUGUAAGCAUCGAGCGAGCUUACCCCCUUACGUUGGGGUCUAACAUUGGUACGACCACGACGGCUAUACUUGCUGCUUUAGCAAGUCCAGGCAGUACAUUAAGAUAUUCAUUACAGAUUGCUUUGUGUCACUUUUUUUUCAAUAUUUCCGGGAUUAUUCUGUGGUACCCAAUACCUUUCACCCGGGUACCAAUCCGCCUCGCAAAGAGCUUGGGGAACAUAACAGCCAAGUACAGAUGGUUUGCUGUUUUUUAUCUCAUCCUCUGCUUCUUCCUGAUCCCAUUGGCUGUGUUUGGUUUGUCGGUAGCUGGCUGGCAGGUCCUUCUGGGUGUUUGUGGUCCCAUCCUACUCGCUUUGAUUGUGGUGAUUGUGAUUAAUGUUCUGCAGUCCAAACGGCCAAAUAUACUGCCUACAAAGCUCCAAAACUGGGAUUUCCUUCCCAGGUGGUUACACUCCUUGAAGCCAUGGGAUAAUGUGAUAAUUUCUGCACUCUCCUUCUGUGGGAGAUACUGCUUCUGCAACAAGUGCUGCAAAUGCUGCAAAGACAAGACGGAAGAUGAGCUGGCCAGAGACAAGCAGGGAAAGGCUAUGGCAGUUUACGAUAACACAGUUGAAUUGGCUGAUGAAGAAAAUUGUGUUACAAAGACAGAACCAGCAGCUGGUGAUGAGAAAACCUACUCAGACAACACAGCAUUCUAGGAGGGGAUCAAUCUGUAAUAGAAAAGAUACAGUAUAAGACAAUCAAUCUCUUGAAAAUCAGUAUACUGGGCAGUAUACUGAGGAAUGAAUGAAAACUCUGUUAGGUUCUUGUAUCCAGUGGUAUACUACUCAUCAAGGAAUGCAGUAGAACAAAUUCUACAGGGUUCUCAGAAAGUCUAAGAUCAGGUAAAAAGCUAAGGCUGGAUUUUUAUCUGGAGGAUCUACUACUAUAUGAUACAUUAAUUCAAGGUCAGCAGUACCAAACAAAUAAACAUUGCUAUGCAGUCCCAUUAGCAGAAUGGCUCCAAUGAGUUGAGAGAUAUGAACUUAAAAAAACCACUCUGGAAUGUGCAGAACAUUUUCUCCAAAUUACAGGGAUAUUUACCACACUCACCCGAUGAUCCCACAAAGUUUCUGGAAGAGGCAAAAAAUCAGAAGAAUGAAAAUGUUUUCAUAUAUUCAUUUCCUGUAACGUUAGAGAGCUGAGAUGCUGUAUUUUGUGACUUCUAGCUAAAGGCUAACAUGUAACAAUUUUAAAUUGCUGGUGCACUUGCCUUUUGAAAGUAUAAAUUGAUUAAGGAUUGGGUGCCUACUGAAGGGCUUGCUGGAACCUCUUUACUAAACCAUAAAACAGCCUUUUAAAAUAGUGGUAAAGAUUGGAUUUAGAGCAAUAAAAGUCCAAGGAAAUUUGGACUUCAGCAUUAUGCCUACUGUGGGGUUUAUGCUAAGAUCACACGUUCUUAAAGAAAUCUUUUAACAUCUACUGUAGAGAAAAUGUGUGUUAACUGUAACCAUUUACAGCAUGGCCUGAGUCAACUUAGUUGGAAUCAACAUAGUGCCUGAUGUGAAUUUGUACUGUCGGUAUUAUGCAUGUGCAUAUUAGGAAUCCAAAUCUCUAAUAAAAAUCCAUAGGUAAAGUAAUCAUACAGCACAUGCUGGGAAGUCCCUUGUCCUCACUCUCUGUGGGUAUUAAUGUUUUAGUAAAUGCCCGUGAAGACUAGUCCACAUCAUGGACUGACAAACUGCAACAUUUCAGAAUGAGCCAUUCUGAGUACUG